GAAGGAAGAAGCAUGUCACGACUGUCUUUGACCCGGUCCCCGGUAUCUCCUAUGUCCACACAAGGAAUCCCUCUACCGGCUCAACUGACAAAGUCGAAUGCUCCGGUUCACAUUGACGUCGGGGGACACAUGUAUACUAGUAGUCUGGCUACUCUCACCAAAUACCCAGACUCAAGAAUCAGCCGUCUGUUUAAUGGCACAGAGCCCAUCGUGCUGGACAGCUUGAAGCAGCACUACUUCAUCGACAGGGAUGGAGAAAUAUUCCGUUACAUUCUCAGCUUCCUCAGGACCUGCAAACUGCUUCUCCCAGAUGACUUCAAGGAGUUCCACCUGCUGUACGAGGAAGCUCGGUACUACCAGCUGUCCCCCAUGAUUAAGGAGCUGGAACGUUGGAAGCAGGAGCGGGAGCAGCGCAGGACGGCCCAGCCCUGUGACUGCCUGGUGGUGCGGGUGACGCCUGACCUAGGUGAGAGGAUCGCCCUUAGCGGGGAGAAGGUGCUCAUCGAGGAGAUCUUCCCCGAGACUGGAGACGUCAUGUGCAACUCGGUGAACGCCGGCUGGAAUCAGGACCCCACGCACGUCAUCCGCUUCCCCCUCAAUGGUUACUGCAGGCUCAACUCUGUCCAGGUUCUAGAGCGUCUGUUCCAGAAGGGUUUCAGUGUGGCAGCGUCCUGCGGCGGCGGGGUGGACUCCUCCCAGUUCAGCGAGUACGUGCUGUGCCGUGAGGACCGGCGGAGUAUGUCCAUGAACACCCCCAUCAGGAUAAAACAGGAGCCCCUGGACUAG